AUUUCGCAUUCCUUAUGUCGCCCCACCCAGACACCGACUCAUUUCUUCCACGAAUAAGAUGUGUUUUUUAUGCAACUUUCGACCCAGAGCAAGGCCCUAAGAUAGCAUACCAAGUCCCAGAAGGAACAAUCACCACUCCAAUACCAAAUGCAGCACUCACUCCACACGUUAUGCCAGUCCUGAAUGGGGCCCUGCCAGAACCCGACGCUUUUGCUCUGAACUCUUCUUCGAUUUCCGCCCGGCUGGGUUCAAAGCCUCCAACGCAUAACAGAGGAUUGUCUCAGCCUCAUAGAAGCAAAGCAGGCACACCAAUCAUUGGUAUAUUUGACUUCAAAUCCAUCGCAGAGUAUGUGAUUCCGAAGGACCAGCUCUGUGGGCGUUUGGUUCGAUGCAACACUCCGAGCCACCGCAUCAUUGGAUUCCCCGUGAAACUGACUGGCUCCCGAUAUCGGGAUGAGUUGCGACGGAAUUCCUUCCGCUACAACCUGUGCUUCGUUUUUGAUCGCAUGGCCGACAUCUCAUGUUACGAGCCCAUCGUGCGAAAGGUUGCAAGAGUCUUGCUCGCUUGCGAGCAAGAGUCUGGCCUUCUGUCAAGUCCCGACUGCUUGGCUACAAUCCAGCCCAUGUUGGAACAGUUGUAUGAGGACUUGAACUCGUACUCUGAGACCUCCAUUCCCAUCGACAAUUUCAACUCCAUUGAGUUACAAAUAUUUCCGUUCUUUCCCAAUCCACCUCGUGUUCAUGAUUGGCAAGUUCCUGUGGCUCUGCUGAACCUCGAGAAGAGAAAGGACCCAAGCUGGGACAUCACCAUGUCCAAGAUAACCCCUCAUAUCAACGGCGUUAACCACGCGCAGCGGAUUGCUGACCUGGCCGAUGCGAGCCCCGCCUUAACAAGGCAUUGUCUGGAGCAUCUGCUGUUUUACCAAUGCAUUAUUAUGAUUGACAUCUUUCAGUACAGUAACAUGUAUACUUUCAAGUCAAGUAUUCAGUGGUUGGCAGAAGAUCAGGGUGUGCGAGAAGAGUGCCCGCCGUAUGUUACAUUGCCUGGUUUCCCUCAAUCAUCUCUCACGGACUUGCUGCAUCUCUAUUCUCGGCUCAAGCCAAGUAAAACUAUCCACAGUUGGAUGGAAGAGAACAAUAUUACGGAGCGUGGAAUUGACCCACAGCGUUUUGUCACUUUCGGCACAAUCAAGGGUUUCCUGAGACGAGUACAUCGCUGGCCUGUUCUCCUGCCUCGAGAGAGGACACUGAAAAAGGGGAAAAAUGGUGCCUUAAUGAAGGAUGCUGCAUCCAUCUUGACAUCUUCAAAUAAGCCACCCAAUGUAACCAAGCGUGGGGAAGCAUCUAAUUCUGCAACCAAACCAGCAACACGCACACGACAGACCUGUUGUCCCCCCACCGAACCCGCUUCAUUAGAAAGUACAUCAAGAACCUCUGUAACGACGGGAGGCAUGCUCCGAGGUACGUCUGCUGCGAGAGCAGAGCCCAAAGAUGCCAUUAUAGAAAAACUUGGGUCAAUGCUCGACGGGUCACACAAUUCCGAUGAGCUAUGCACGAUGUUUCGAGUCAGUUGGCAUGAGUUGGAGAAGUAUCUUGCCAUCAUUGGAGGGGCGGAUAAAGAACAGAAAUAUGAUGAAGUUCUGGAUCAUGACACCGCGGAAGUAGAUCGAUUCGGGAGAGUUCGCAUUAUAUACCGAUAAGUAUGUAGAAGAUGGGUGCGAAAUUCGAUUAUAAAACUCGGCGUUUCUUUGGACGGGUUCCGCCAAUUUUUACGGGUGUGCGGUCGGUUACUCGUUGUAUUAACUUCCGAAUAUCCUCCCCUUCGGUAGACGCGAUGGCACGAACGACCCCCUCCCUGCCUUGGCCGAAUCCUUUGAAGUUGAAAUACAGUUGUAACGUCGAAUAAGGGUUUGGAAGAGUUUCUUGCAUCCUUCGAAUAUGUUUAAAUAUGCUAAUGGCGCAUUGAUAUCCAG